GGUCUGCCCCGUACGCGACGGUGCCAAUAGUAGAGCCGGGUGUGUGAGAGCCCGCCCGCGCAGACACGUUGCCCGAGGAGCGGCAACACGGGCCGCUCUGCAGUCACAGCUCUGCAUCACGGAACAGCACGUAGCUCAACUACACGCAGCUCUCGCUGUGUCCUGGAUUUACCUCUGAAACAAAGGAAGGCGCUCUGUUCCCUCUCAUCCUCCUCACCAGGUCAGUGAUGAAGCGGCCGAGGAUGUCAGCAUCAGAUUCGGACUAUUCCAUUGACUGGCUGGCCAGUGAUGAAGAUGACAAUGACAGUGAGCUAGAAUUAGGGUAUGAUGAAGCAUGUACGACACUGACCAGCACUUCUGCCGCUCAUGACAGUGCCAUCCCUCAAACGUGCAGGAAGAGUAGUUCCACCUCAGUGAAGGUGAAUGAGGACAGGAGCUCCAGGAGCAGCUCCCCCUCCAGCUCCACCAGCUCUCUCAGCAGUGAGGAGAGCGUGCUUACUGGAAAAGAAGACCAGUCUGUCAUCAGCUGCACCUCAGGAAGCCCUAAGGGCAAAGGCAGACAGGCCCAGAAGCGAACACAGAGCUUGCUGGAGUCGGAGCAGAAAGAAAAGCAGCUCACAGAUGGUCCUACACAGAGGGACAAGCUGUUUGCUUACAAGUGCAUGGAGCUGCAGUGCUACAUUGACCCACUCUCAUCAAUCCUUAAUGGCCUCCGUUCUGGCAGAUACAGAGAACGACUCAGCACAUUCCAAGAAAGUGUGGCCAUGGAUCGGAUCCAGAGAAUUAUGGGGGUCCUGCAGAAUCCAUGCAUGGGUGAGCGGUAUAUCAACAUCAUACUAAAAAUGGAAGAAAUGUUGAAGACAUGGUUUCCUCAAAUAAAACCCCACCACCAAACCACCACUGUGGAGUUAAUGCAGGAGACAGUUCUGCAUAAAAAACCCAAGCUGUCUUCAGAGCCAGUCCUCAUGUCAGCCAGCACAUCUAAUCCCUGCACCACCAGCACUGCUAAAGCUAUGAACGUUAGUGAUCUUACCCCACCGGCGUCCUACACCGCCACCAACCUGAAAUGGCUACACACAUCUCCUAUUUGCUCACCCACUGCUGAGCACACCCGACGCACUGUCCGGAACUUUCUAACAGCCCGCCAGAACCAGGAUGUGAUGCAGGAUAACUCUGUGUCCUCCACUAUAGACACCCCUGAAUCUAAGGACUCUGUGCCCUGUCAGCCUCCACAGGGCAAGAUUAGUGCCCCGUGCCUAGAGAGACUGCUGAAAUCUACAGAAAGCAUAAUUAGCCAUCAAGUCUCUGGGGGAAUGUCCACAUAGGCUCGGCUCUUAGUCCACAUAGGCUGGGUUCCACGUUAUCAGAUCCUGGCCAACAGCCUCUCAAGCUGGUCCAGUCUGGUGUAGUCCAACACACUUCGGGGCAAGAUCUCUGCUUUAUGGCAGACUACAGAAAAGACACAGGGCAGAGAAACAGCCUGGCGCCAAGUCCGACCCGGUCAUGAGUGGAGUGAAGGUGUGUCCUCAUGUCUUCAGAAGAUGAAACACUUAAUGUACUGAGGCAGCAUGUAGGUAUCUGUGAAUAAAGGAAAACAUUACUUUACAAAGGGAAGGAAAAAUAAGUAAUGCAUUUCUCGGGCACAGUUCACAGAUAUUUCAGUUUCCUCCAUUUAUUUGUAGUUAAAAAAUGUGGAUUGAAUGUGAAUUCUGCAUUAUUUUUUUUCCGUCCACUCCACCUCUGGAGCCGGUUGAUAUGACUGUUACUUCAUAGGUAUACUUAACUUAUAGCUAUGAUUUUGGUACAACGGUUCUACCUCAAUCUGACAUCAUGUUUAUGGCUGAGUAUAGACAAAAUAUGUUCACAAGGACAUUUUGUGCAUCCAUCAGAAAAUGUAUUAAUGUAUUGUUUUAAAGCCAAAAGAAAAUUGUCUAAUUGAUUACUUUAAUGUAUUCUUCUGUCUGCAUUAUAAUACAUAAUUAUAAGCAGAAGUUUACCUUUAAUAGCAUUUAUUGUUAUUAUUGUUAUUAUUAUGUCACUAUACCAUUAUUGCUUUGUGAUGGUUGGCUGCACAGAUGGGUCAGCUUACUCCAACGCCCUCUGUUGCCCUCCUAUAGCAGACUAGCCCCUGACAAGGCAAUACAUGUUGUGAUGUUGUCAAUUCAGCUUAUUUCCACAAGUCCUGUCAUAACACUGUCUUCAGUGUUGUCAUGUGGGUGCCUCAUCACAUGCCGAAAGUAACGUAACUUGUGGGGCUUAUUGUGGUUUAGUAGCUCCUUUUUGUUUUGGCCAUCUCGUAAACGUGAACUCUUAGUGGUCUUCAUCUUCCUCCAUGAGAUUCUCAGCAGUUUUGUGAUGCAUUUUCUUUUUUUGUAAUGUCCAAGCUUCAUAUUCAUAUUUGGCUACUGGCUAGACCAAGGCUUUCAUCAGUUGUAGCUUGGUGAUGUUUUUCCAUAUCCUUGUCAAAUUGACCAUCAUCAUCAUGUCCAGUGAUGUUUUUGACUUUGCUUCACCAGCACAUUCUGCAGUAUUUAAAACUCUACUCUCUAAAUUAUAGCGUUUUAAUUCAUUUGUAUUUAAAUUAAUUUGUGUUUUAUUAAUCUGUAAGCCAGUUGCUUAUGUAUUUUGGGUCUUAAACAGCUGUAUAUGAUAAAUUGGAAGCUAAAGCUCCUUGUAAGACAGUAAUAUCAACAUCCAUGAAUGCAUUAUUUUCAUUGAAAUGUUUGAUGGAUGCCGAAAAUGUCCUUGUGAAAGCAGCUGAAAUGCCAUUUUACACCAAAUGCAAUUGGGCAUACGUGACAAGACCAUGAGCAGCUCCAUGAAGUCUUCAACAUUCGAGGGCCACACAAUUGUGUGUUUUUUCAGUCCCUCAGUUAUUAUAAACUAGAAAUAAUUCAUUGGACAAUUUAAUAAAAUUUAAAUAACCUGCAUGAUCAAAUGAAGUUAAAAUGAUAGCUGGCAUCUGGCAACAAGCCUGCAUAAAGGAGCAGGACGACUGAGCCAAAUUGUGAAGUGUUUCUAUAUGUGAAAGUGAUGCCAUGUGCCAUGCACAGUGUGUUAUAGGUUACAACUACUAACAUUGGAGUAUUUUGGUUGUGCCAUUUUGAUUGUGGUCAUCUGGUGUAAAAUGUGCUUAAAAACUAACGUUUACCGAUGUGAAAUUAGAUAGAGGGGACCUGCUAAGAUCAUGGUGAGCCAUAUUUGCCUGUAGUGCCAGGGUUUUGGGUACAGGAUUUCUCUAUGAAGAGAAGCGCUGUCAGCCUGACUGGUACUAUCGUAUAGCACAGUGGUUCUUAAACUGAGAGGUGCAACCGUUGGUGGGUCGCUCAAAAAAUGGGAGGGGUCGCAGGAUGAUUUUCUGUCUGAAUGUAUUAAACAAGUGUUAGGUAAGUUUUGAACAAUGAAAUCUAUCACUUAAAAACUAUUCAGCAGGCUUGCGAUGCACAACUAAGAGUAAAGACAUUGCCUCACAGCAAAAAGGGCCUGGGUUCAAUUCUCCGACCGGGCAGCCAGGGUUCUUUCUGUGUGGAGUUUUCAUGUUCUCCCUGUGGCUGCUCUGACGUGUUUAUUUUAUUACAUUUUUUUGUUUUGCACUUCUUGUUGUUAAAAGUAAAGCCUUAUAAUUGUUGCAUCUUAGCUUCUGCUUUCUGUUCUGUGGCGUGGUUAAUGCUUUAGGGAGGUCAGCCAUGACAGUAUGCUGUCAAAUCAGUGGGUUGGGAAGUGGGGGGCGAGACUUGAACAAUUUUAUUUUAUUUUUUAUUUAUUUCUUUGGGGCGGGGGGUUGUAGUACAAAAAGUUUAAGAACCACUGGUAUAGAAUGUGAGUUAUAUAUUUCAUUUCUCUUCCUUAAAAAAUCUUCCAGUUCAAGGGGAUCUGGUGCCUGCUCAUUCGAUGUUAAGCUGUGCCUGUACACUGGUUUUGAAGCGAGUGAGAACCACCUGGAAUUCCUUUAACUUUUAAGGGAUGUAUUGAAACACAUUGUGCGGGAAUGUUCAAUAUUCCUACUGUUUCUUUCCUAUUACAUAAAUUAUACAUUUUUUCCAAACAUUUCCCGAGUGCUUGAGUGGGACAAUGGCAUUUGUGCUGGCUACAGAGCUGGAUGAUAUUUUGAGGGAGAGCUAUUUAAAUUAUUAAAUAUUGUAAAAUAUUUAAGGUUGUUAAUCUACCCUUGCGAAGUGGCCUUUACAGUGUGUUUUAUACUUUGAAAAUAAAUGUGGUUAUGUUUGACAAAUUC